AUGCUGUCCGCCAUGAACGCUUCGCUCGCCGGCUCCAAGGUGGUGGUCAAGACCUCCGCCCGCCGUGCGGCCCGCACCCAGGUCAAGGCCGUCGCGAACGCGCGCGUGGACGCCUGCGACAAGAACUCGGUGAUCGUGUCGCCCUCGAUCCUGUCCGCGGACUUCGCCAAGCUCGGCGAUGAGGUGCGCGCCAUCGACCAGGCGGGUGCUGAGUGGGUGCACAUCGACGUGAUGGACGGCCGCUUCGUGCCCAACAUCACCAUCGGGCCCCUCGUGGUCGACGCCCUGCGCCCCGUGACGGACAAGGUGCUCGACUGCCACCUCAUGAUCGUCGAGCCCGAGCAGCGCGUGGCCGACUUCGCCAAGGCCGGCGCUGACAUCAUCUCGGUGCACUGCGAGGACGCCGCGACCAUCCACCUCCACCGCACCCUCAACCAGAUCAAGGACCUGGGCUGCAAGAGCGGCGUGGUGCUCAACCCCGGCACGCCGCUGAGCAAGAUCGAGGAGGUGCUGGAGGUGACGGACCUGGUCCUGAUCAUGUCGGUGAACCCCGGGUUCGGCGGGCAGAGCUUCAUCGAGUCGCAGGUGGACAAGAUCCGCCGGCUCAAGGCCAUGUGCGACGCCAAGGGCGUCAACCCGUGGAUCGAGGUCGACGGCGGCGUCGGGCCAGCGAACGCGUACAAGGUCAUCGAGGCCGGCGCCAACGCCAUCGUCGCGGGCUCGGCCGUGUUCGGCGCCCCGGACUACAAGGCGGCCAUCGACGGCAUCAAGGCCUCGAAGAGCACCGUCGCCGCGUGA